CCUCUAGGAAUGAUCAAGACCAAUGUUCGUUGGCGAUAUAUUCAAAUAGUCAAGCCACAUCUAUAUACGCAGAUACGUCAUAAGUGCUUAAAGAUAAGGACACAAGCCACAAUCAAUUGCCCACCACUGCGCCAAGUCCUUUAGCACAGUUACUUCAAUAGUUGUACCGUGCAAAAUAAUCAAUGAAGCUUCAACUUUUUCGAGAAGCUCCAAUCCCACCAAGAUAAUCCGAGACUCAACUAGCCUCACCACCGGCCACAACCACGCCCAUAUCAAAGACUUAGGCUACAUAAUCAAAUAACAGCCAUCAUGGACUCCUCCGAAUCUAUCAAGGCCGAGGUCAUCAAGCAAGUCAAGACCCAAUACGCCCUAGAAAACGCAAGACUACUAAUCGAGAAGAUUAACGAGCACUGCUUCGAGAGGUGCGUGCCCAAGCCGGGCCCCUCGUUUUCGAGCGGCGAGUCGACCUGCUUCACCCAGUGCAUGGAGAAGUACAUGUCGGCAUGGAACUCAGUAAGCUCGACAUACAUCGACCGAUUACGACGGGAGCAGUGAGCUAGACGUCCGGGUUUGGAGGCUGCGUCGCACAUGUCAACGCGCCCCUACUCGAUGUACAUUAGAAUCCGCCAUGUUGCGAGCCGCAGCCGGCAAUGGGAAGAAAUGGAGGGGCAUUCUCACGGUGGGAUCGGGACAGCGGAAGGAUAGAAUGUACAAUAUUAUCAAGGCCGCUAUAUCAUGACGGAGGAUAUCCCAUCUUGAAUAGAAGAU